CAAAAAGAGCAAACGUGAAGGUAAGGGGUUGAGUUGAGUUCAUGACAAGUGUUUAUAAAGCUGGGCUUAGUUAUUAUUAUGUGAGUCAAAGUGAGUAUAGAGGAGAGAGUAUGGGAAAGAGCAAGGUUCUUGUUGUGGGGGGCACAGGGUAUAUUGGGAGGAGAAUAGUGAAGGCAAGUUUAGAACAAGGUCAUGAAACCUUUGUUCUUCAACGUCCAGAGAUAGGUCUUGACAUUGAGAAGGUGCAGAUGCUUCUUUCAUUCAAGAAGCAAGGUGCUCAUCUUGUGGAGGCUUCUGUCUCUCAUCACCAGAGCUUAGUGGAGGCAGUGAAACUAGUGGAUGUUGUCAUUUGCACCAUGUCUGGGGUUCAUUUUCGUUCACAUAACUUGUUGAUGCAGCUCAACCUUGUUCAGGCCAUUAAGGCUGCAGGGAAUGUUAAGCGUUUCUUGCCUUCAGAAUUUGGCAUGGACCCAGCACUUAUGGGGCAUGCACUUGAACCUGGAAGAGUCACAUUUGAUGAGAAAAUGACUGUAAGAAAAGCUAUUGAGGAUGCCAACAUCCCUUUCACUUACGUUUCUGCUAACUGCUUUGCGGGAUAUUUUGUUGGUAACCUCUCUCAAAUGGGGACCCUACUCCCUCCAAGAGACAAGGUUCUUCUCUAUGGUGAUGCCAAUGUCAAAGUUGUUUUCAUGGAUGAAGAUGAUGUGGCCACAUACACUAUUAAGACAAUUGAUGAUCCUCGAACGUUGAACAAGACGGUGUACCUAAGACCACCAGAAAACAUUCUCACUCAAAGACAACUAAUUGAGAAGUGGGAGAAACUCGUAGGAAAAGAACUAGAGAAGUCAAGCAUAAGUGAACAAGACUUUCUUGCUUCCAUGAAAGGUUUGGACUAUGCUAGCCAAGUGGGAGUGGGGCAUUUCUAUCAUAUUUUCUAUGAAGGGUGUUUGACAAACUUUGAAAUUGGAGAAGGUGGAGAAGAAGCCUCAGAGCUUUAUCCAGAAGUGAAGUACACACGCAUGGAUGAAUACUUAAGAGUGUUUGUGUGAUCUGAUGAGACUAUAAGCUUCAAAAAUUACUUAUUUGACCAACCAAAAACAAUAAAAUUAGGUGUUGUUAUAAUAAAAUAUUGCUGACCUUACUUGUUAGUUAUUUUAUUUGUCAGUUGAAUGGUUUGUUAUCAUGUUUUCUGUAAUUGUGAAAUUUCAUUCUACAUUAAGAAGUCCCUUGUGCCAUAAAAUUGAACGUGCAAUCUUGAGAUUGAAUUAUCCAUAAUUGUAUUAAGAUGUCCCUUGAAACAGGGAAAGGAAAGGUUAAUAAACAGUAUUGCAUUGGUAU